AAGUCAUAGAUGUGAUUUCCUCGUCGUUGCUUAGAAAUGCGCUAAUUUUUAGCCUUCGUGUUCAUAAUUAUGUGUGUGGAGGGAAGGAUUCGCAGGAGCGACUCACCGCAUCUUGAACAGGGAGGAAUCUACAGCAUCACUUGAUCUGCAGCAUCAGUUCGCAUAUUUUAAGUUAUUCGUUUAUUUAGAAAGUAAAUACCCCUGACAGUGUUUCUGAUGUGCGGUUCCCAGUUUCGCUCGGGAUAUUAAGGAAGCAUUGUGCCCACAUGGGCAGUGUUCUGGCUUUGUCUUCCAAUCCGGGCCAUCAGAACUGGCCUUUCUCCAAGGAUCAUCUUCCUUCUCGCUGGGACGCACAUCCUGCCCACUGGGACCGUCCACCACGCUGGGAGAGGCGAGAUGGACGCCUACCCAACCCUGGCAGCUUUCACUCUCUCCACAGGAGCUGCAAAGAUGUUUUUCCUCAUCAGAUUGAGGGUGUCAAGAUGAUUAUCAAUAAAACUUUGAGUAGCUUUUUUAAGGUCAGUCAUACCCUCCACCUCAGUGCUGUAAGUCCCUCCUACUAUCGGUUCCACGUGGAGCAUCUGCAGUCUGACGACUACAGCAAGGACAAGGACGCGCCAGCAUUGAUUGGUGAAAUGGACUCUUCAGGUAGUCUGAACGCUCACGCUCUCCUUCAUCUCACCGAGCGCGUUCGAGCCAGAACAGUAUUCCAGACCCAGCAGUCUCAGUUCGUAACGUGGCAGUUUGAAACCGAGUACAGAGGGAGCGACUUCACCGCUGCUGUGACAGUGGCCAACCCAGACAUCCUCAGAGAGUCAGUCAUUCUGGUAGCACACUUCCUGCAGAGUGUGUCAUCUGGCCUGGUGUUGGGAGGAGAACUGGUGUACCACCGAGGGCGAGCAGAGGAAGGAGGGAUCCUGACUCUGGCUGGACAGUACUCAGGACCAAACUGGGUUGCAACCCUUAAUGCUGGCAAAGGCGGCGCCCAUGCCAGCUACUACCACAGAGCCAACAAACAGAUCCAAGUUGGAGUGGAGUUUGAAGCCAGCACCAGGACGCAGGAGACAACAGCCUCCUUUGGGUACCAGAUGGAUCUCCCGGAGGCCAACAUGGUUUUUCGAGGUAUUCUAAGGGAUGAUCAACAGCCGGUGCAUUAUUGGAGGUGUGUUGGAGAAGCGUCUCACCCCGCUUCCUGCCACCCUGAUUAUGGGAGCCUUUGUGAACCACAGAGGUGACAAGCUGCAGGUCGGCCUGGGCGUCAACGUGGGAUGACCCUCCACAUGCUCAAACUGGAAUUCUGAAAAGAAUGUCAGGACACCAAUCCAGAGACCUUCGUUUGAGAUGUUUUUUAAAAUGCACUGACUUAUAGGGUGCAUCACCUGCACUGAAACUCUUCCUGUUGGUUUAACUCCAUGUAUCUCACCUUGCAGCCUACCUCUCAUUAACAAGGUGAUGUUUUCUGAUUAUGGGGAAAGCUCUGUGCCAGAGGAGUGGAUGCUACUUUUAGAAGGGUGCAUCACCUUCUGAACUUUGAAAGCUGAAGGUGAAAUUGUACUGUAUACUUAAAGUAUCAAUUUUGCAAAGUCGGUAGUCAUGAAGAAAUGUAUAAAUAUAAACACAAAAUAAUAAAAAUGUAUCUCCCAUUUUAGUGAUUUACCUUGAAAUUAUGUAUUGUUGAUUGUUCUGCAAGCUGAUUCUAAAAGAGAAAUUCAAAAAAUUAUGGUAUUUUACAUUUUUCACAAAGCCAGUGGUCAAGAAUAAAGCAGCAAACAACAAAAUUGAAAGAUGGAA